UCCAUUGUAACUUGUAAGUAUGUUUACCCUGUUUUGAUACUUUGCUGAAAAUUUUACCUCUUGAGUAAUGCCAUUUGAUGAACUUUUUCCUUUUCUUGAUGUGGCAAAUUCUGGAUUUUACUUUCUUUUUGGUGCUUAAAUGGCAUAUACUCGCAUCUGCUUUGGGGCUAAAAAAUAUCUUGUUUUGAAAUGGUCUGAAUAGAGUUGAAUUGAUAUAGCUACCCCAAUUAGUGUGGAAUUGAGGGGCAAUUGUGUAGAUGAGCAGGGGCGGAGCUAGAUUAUAGCUUACGAGUCCGGUUGAACUAGUAGACCCUUUAUUUCUUUUAAGAAACUCUUUGAAUAUGUAUAAAUUAUUACUCCCUCCAUUCCAAUCUAUGUGGCACUUUCGGAUUUCGAGAUUGAAACAAGUUUUUCUUUGAACGUAACUUUUUCAUAUAUCUUUUAAAUAUUUAAAAUUGUCAAUUAUAGUGACUUAUAGUACUUUUUAGUAGUUUCCAAAUAUGUAAAUUUAUUUCAAAAGACUGAAAGAUUUCAUGUCUGAAUUCACGGUCAAAAUUAAACUGUUUGACUCUCGAAAUCAAACCGUCCCACAUAAAUUGGGGCAGAGGCAGUAAUUUAGAACACAAUAAUUUUAAAAAAAUUAGAGUCCUGAACCCAUAAGCUUUAAAUCCUGGCUCCGCCUAUGUAAUGAUUAGAGGGUGGAGGUGGAGGGGAUUUGUGCUUUAAAUUCACCGGUUUAAGUGUAUUAUAUGAAUGUGUAUGUAUUUGUGUUGUGUAUAUCAGUAUAUGUAUAUAUAGGUUGAGCCAAAAGCAGUGGGAAUCUGCAUACUAAGGAAUAAUGAUGGAUUCUCCUUUAUGGUGGAGGGAGGCUGGGUUCUUUUGGAUUUCAAUAAUGCACAACGGGGAGCUUGAAUUCUCUAACCAGGAAAUGGUUUCAAGUUCUAAUUUUGGUGAAACUCCAGAAUGUAGUUCUAGGAAAAGGCUUUUCAAUGAAAUUCUCUCGGAAAUGCAUGCUUGUAUUCAUACCCACACUUGCAAUCCACCUGGCCCCGAUAACUCACACACACAUGCUUGUUACCAUGUUCACACCAAGGUUGUUCCUCCCUCAAGUGAGGAUAAGAUCCUCAGUGAUGAUACUGCCGAUUCUGCAGCAGCAAGUAAAGGAAAGGAACGCCCUUUGAGUAAUAAGGAAGCAGUUCGCAGGUACCGUGAGAAAAAUAAGGCUCGGGUUGCUUCAUUAGAGAAUGAGGUAGUCAGAUUGAGGGCUAUAAAUCAGCAACUAUUGAAGAGGCUGCAGGGUCAAGCUGUCUUGGAAGCUGAGAUUUCCAGGCUCAAGUGCUUGCUCGUUGACAUCCGAGGAAGGAUUGAAGGUGAAAUUGGAUCAUUUCCGUACCAUAAGCCUAUGGAAAGUGGUAAUUUAUAUCAGAAUCUUGUUAAUCCUAACCUCCGUGGAGCUUAUGUGAUGAACCCUUGCAACCUACAGUGUGAUGAUCAGGUUUAUUGCCUCCAUCCGAGUUCGGAAGAGUUAAAUGGACAAGGCCUUAAUAGUUGUGGAUUUGGACUUGAGGAGAUUCCUGGGUGUGCAUUGGGCUGUGGUACUUCUACUGCCCACGCUUCUCAUGGGAAUAAGAGAACAGAGUCGGUAUGAAAUCGAGAGAUCACCGGUAUGUCAGCUGUACUAAUACUCAACAGGUCUGAACAAGGAUCAUGCAAUGGCUACAGAAACAGCACCAUCCUUGCAAUAGUUUGGACCAACACCUCAGGAAGAUCAUAUGCUGCUCUAAAGGGAAGUCUCAAAGCUGCAUAUAUUUUUAGAUUGGUAUAUGUUGAGUAUGUCUAUGCUAUUUGGCUGGAGAGAAAUCAGAGAAUCUUUGAGAAGACAAGAAGAAGCUGAGAAACUUUAGCCAGGGAGAUAGUUUACAUUUGUAAAGUUAGAGCUACUAAGGGGAUUAUGCUAGCUAUAUACCAACUCAUGUUUUAGUAUAGUCUCUCGUUAUAGAGAAUAAUAAAUUUGUCUGAACUGGCUAUAGCUUUGUAAAUGACUCUUCGGUAUUGUAAAACUAAGCUAAAAGAGUAACAAUAUUAAAGAAUGAAAACAAUAGAAAUAGAGAGACAAGAGAGGAGAGCUUUCUUAUUCAUCCCAAUAUGUUUCACGUGUGUAUAAUAUGAAUUCAUAUGCCUCUA